AUGGAGGUUACACUGCUGCCGUGCCUUCAUGUUGCAUGCGGAAAAUGCACAACCACGGCAGUUGAGACCCACUCCAACGACCUCAUCUGUUCCAAAUGCGUUCUCUCAACUAAGCAAGUGCUCCUGGAGGUGAAUUUUCAAAUUGACUCCCCGCUAAAAGCCUUGUCUUGUGAUGUCGAUGCAUGCUUCAGCGAACAGGCUCCACAGGACGCUGAACUCUUGGGUCUCACAUGCUUCUCGCCCUCUACCGUGAUUCCCAGUCAUUUCGGAAAGGGUCUUGAUUUGUUCGAGAAGUGCGUUCUCUCUGGAACGGACCAGACCUGCGACUACUGUGCAUUUGAACAGAAACAUAUGACGGCUAUAAGCAGGUGCUUUCAAUGCAGUGACAACCUCUGUUCCAAAUGCGCGGGUGCCCACAUGAAAACAAAACUAACCAGACAUCACAUGGUUGUCUCCUAUGCGCCGGAAACCGAUGAAAUCAUCAAGUGCAACGACGCAGCGGUGGCAUUUUGCUUUCAAUGCCGCCGCACACUUUGCUUAUCCUGCGAGGAUAGAUGUGCUCAUGGGAGCCGAAACCCACACGAGCACCACCGAACUGCCAAGCUCGAUACAGCCGUUGAUAUGGUCAAGGCAACGAUUUCGGAUCUUUUGGACAAACUCAGCAUGAUGGAGAAAGAUUCUGUGCUUUAUGCCUUGAAAUUGGGCAUUUGUCAUGUAAAACAUCGGUGGUCUGACCUCUACGAACUGACAGACCUCCCGCAUCCCUGGCCUCCGUGCGGUAACUCCACCUUUGCUUCGGACUCCCUUUGCAACCUGAGUGGUCUGGCAUCUGCAAUGCAGGACGAAAGAGAGGCCAUACAAAAUGCCAUACAGACCAACGCCCAGAGCCUGCACGAAUACAUUGAUCGAGUAACCCAACAGAUGCAAGCCAACCUUAUUCAGGUGUCUGAGAACGCGAUAAACUCUUUCCAUCAGAAGGCCUUCGGUAUACUACUAUUCCUGGGCUGCAGCGAAUCCGCCACCCGAUUGGAUGAAAUCCUCUCCGACAGCAAUGCCGUGAUUGCCCGUUUAAUGAAAUUGUCUCUUCACAACUUCCCUUCAUUUACCUCAGUUAUCUGGCCACGCUACACCUUACCGAUGGUUGACUAUUCUCUUCUGUCGGCGGACGAGGUCACAGACCCAAAAACGGCGAACCGGGCAGCCUUGUUGAACACUUUCCUCGGACGACUUGACUUCGAGGAACAGUUCACAGGGCAGACGCCGAGAGCUUCGGAGAAAGUAAAGACUGUGGGACAUGUUACGCCAGAGCCUAAACCGCCGUCACCUGCAUCCUCCUCUAUUGAAGAUUUUAGUUUUUGGCCCAGAAAGAACAUACAGAUACCUACGCAGGUCUCUCAUCCGCCAGGACCGAACCUCGAACCUGAGCCUCCCCUCGAUCAGCAACUUCUACGAGUUUUCCUUGCGCCCUUGCCUGCUCACAGGAUGGUAGAGAAGUUUCAGUUGUCGGACAAAAAUAGUAGCAGGCUGGAUAGCGAGGACGCGGAGACACCGGCAUGUGAUAGGAAUUCCGAAGAGCCAGCUCGAAAACUGAAACUUCAGCGUGAAUUUCAGGCCUCGUCACCAACAGAUAGCAGGGAAGUAUGGCCCACAGGACUUGCAGUCAACCAGCGCUCUGGGGAGAUUUUCAUCCUCGACAGAGAUAACGCUCAGAUAAAGGUAAGUGCUCCUUUUACCGCGUGA